AUGCCGGAGCGGGAAUCUGAGCUGUACUCCAAUCCACUGGCCCCAGACGGCCAUGAUGUGGAGGACGCCAGAGCAGCUCUGCAAUCCAAGCUGACCAAUGAAGACUUCAGGAAGCUGCUGAUGACCCCCCGGGCGGCCCCGCCCUCGGCUCCGCCCUCAAAGUCCCGUCAUCAUGAAAUGCCACGGGAGUACAAUGAGGAUGAGGAUCCUGCUGCUCGCAGAAGGAAGAAGAAAAGCUACUAUGCGAAGCUUCGACAGCAGGAGCUGGAACGCGAGCGCGAGCUUGCGGAGAAAUACAGAGACCGAGCACGCGAGAGACGCGACGGCGUGAACAAGGACUAUGAGGAAACAGAGCUGAUCAGCACCACAGCUAACUACAGAGCAGUGGGCCCCACAGCAGAGGCGGAUAAAUCAGCAGCAGAAAAGAGGCGUCAGCUGAUCCAGGAGUCCAAGUUCUUGGGUGGUGACAUGGAACACACUCACUUGGUGAAGGGCUUGGACUUCGCCCUGCUGCAGAAGGUGAGAGCUGAAAUCACCAGUAAGGAGAGAGAAGAGGAGGACAUGAUGGAGAAAGCACAGAAAGAAGUGAAGAAGGAUGAAGACCCCGAGCAGAAGAUUGAGUUUAAGACCCGUCUGGGGAGGAACGUUUACAGGAUCCUGUUUAAAGGGCGUCAGACGGAGCGAAACGAGCUCUUCCUGCCAGGCCGUAUGGCCUACGUGGUGGACCUAGAGGAUGAGUACGCUGACACUGACAUCCCCACUACGCUCAUCCGCAGCAAGGCCGACUGCCCAACCAUGGAGGCUCAGACAACCCUCACCACUAACGACAUCGUGAUCAGUAAGCUGACCCAGAUUCUCUCCUACCUGAGGCAGGGCACACGAAACAAGAAACUCAAGAGGAAGGAGAAAGGGAGACUUGAUGACCGCAAAGCCCCAGAAGCUGACAUAAACAUCUUUGACGAUAUUGGAGACUACAUCCCAUCCACAUCCAAACCCACACGGGACAAAGAAAAGGAACGCUACCGAGAAAAGGAGAGAGAGCGUGAGAGGGAGAGAGAGAGGGAUGAGGAGAAGAGGCACCAUAGCUACUUCGAGAAGCCUCGAGCUGAUGAUGAGGCAGUUGACAUAGAGAAAGGUCCUGGAUCAGUGAAGGAUCAGAUCAAACUGAUCAAUGAGAAGUUUGCGGGAGCAGCGUCUACGCAGUGGCAGGAGACAGCUGGGACACGGCGGGAAGAGAAGAAACAGGUGGGGGAUUUCUUUGGCAUGUCCAACAGCUACGCAGAGUGUUACCCCGCUACGAUGGAUGAUUUAGCGGUAGACAGUGAUGAAGAGGUGGACUACAGCAAGAUGGACCAGGGGAAUAAGAAGGGACCCCUGGGCCGAUGGGACUUUGAUACACAGGAGGAGUACAGUGACUACAUGAACAAUAAAGAGGCCCUGCCAAAGGCUGCGUUCCAGUAUGGCAUCAAGAUGUCUGAGGGUAGGAAGACACGGCGCUUCAAAGAGACUAAUGAGAAGGCAGAACUGGACAGACAGUGGAAGAAGAUCAGCGCUAUCAUUGAGAAGAGGAAGAAGAUGGAGGCUGAUGGGGUGGAGGUGAAGAGGCCAAAGUAUUAAAUGUUUGGGAAGGGUUGGAUUUUUUUUUUUUUAAUGUUUGGGUUUUUGUUUUUUGGGGGGGGGGGGGUUGUUUUUGUUUUUUUGUAGUUGCUUGUGAUCCAUCAAAUAACUUAACUUUGAAUGCAAUUUAUGCAACAAUACUGUCAGCCAGCUGUGGGUCAGUGCUCUGCUUAAAAUGUCUAACGUCAAAUAAAUGAGUCCGCACUCUUGA